AUGGACAUGGACAUGAAUAUGCCAGCAGUGUUCUCAGCCUCCACUGAAAUCACAAUCCUAUUCACAGGCUGGACAACCUCAACCACGACGCAAUACGUCUUCACGCUGGCCUUUCUAUUCCUCCUCGCCAUCUUCAACCGCUUCCUCGGCGCCCUCAAAUUCCAACUCGAGAAAUCCUGGUCUCAUCAUGCCGCUUCACCUCCAACCCUGCUUCUCGCUCCAGUAAAUCCGCGACAAAGGAUCCGAAAAGCGAAGCUCAGUCCUCUUCCAGACUAUAUGCGCAUACACGGGGAUGAGGACCCCGACGAAGAGACUUUGCCAGUUUCAACUAACGAUGAAACACAAAGGAUGUCAAUGAGACAUCUCAAAAGGGAUGGCCCUCGGAACAAGACCUCACUGCAAUGCAUGCUCCCGUCGUGGAAGGCCAGUGGAAUGUGGAGUCUUCGGAAAGACGGGACACGUGCCUUGCUGGAGUGUGUUAGGGCUUUGAUUGGAUAUCUCUUGAUGCUAUCCGUGAUGACUUUCAACGUCGGCGUCUUCGUUACUGUGCUUUUCGGCGUUUUGGUGGGCGAACUGCUUCUUGGGAGAUUCUCUCAGGGGACUCCUGACUGGCAGGAAGGGACUUGUCAUGGCGGGUGA